UUGACUCUGCAGAGGCUCCGAAGUUCUGUGGGCUGGGUUCGAAUCCCUAUUUUGCUCCUUGCUGGCUUUGGGACCCAGGGCGAGUGAAUGAGAGAGAAAGCCUCCAAGUCUCUGUCUCUGAGAUGGGUUACUCACACGGAUCCUCACGAAGCUACCGCGAGAAUUUGAAAGCGCUUUUGGAGAAAGCAUUUGUGUUCGCAGGAGACACUGGAUGAUCACUAAGACUCACAAAGGAGACCUGGGCCUUGGGCUCCCAGAGAAGAAGAAGAAGAAAAAGAAGGUCGCCCCAGAGCCUGAGACUCCAUACUCGGUUUUAAACAGUGACAGUUAUUUCACAGAGGCUUGUCCCACAAAAGCCAUAUCAUCCUUGAAGAAUGUGGUCCACGGGCAGGCACUAGAAGUGCCUCCAGUGAAGAAAAAGAAGAAAAAGAAGGGUCACAGUGCUGUCUGCGAGGAGCCCCUAAAACCUGAGCCUAAGUUACAUGCUGGCCGCACCGAGUCGUCCCCUGGCCCCAGGAAGCAGGUGCUUCUUCCAUCUGAGUCCCUCCACGGGGAGAAGAAGAAGAGGAAGUUGACAUCCCCUUGCGCAAGGGUGAGGACCUCCCCAGACCCCGGGCAGGGCGAGGAGGUGACCCGAGUUGGCAAGAAGCUCAAAAAACACAAGAAGGAGAAAAAGGCCCAGGAAGCCACAGCCUUCUCAGCCGAGGACCCUUGCCUCUGUGAGGCCGGCGACGCUUCGUACACGUGCUCUGUUGGGAAGGAUGGUGAGGAGCGGGCCGCGCUGGGGCAGAAGCGGAAGCAGGGGAGCCCUGAGGAGCACAAGGUAAAGACGAAGAAGAGAAAGAAAAUCCGGCAGGAGGGAGAUUCUCCCCUGGAGCACCCCAAGCUUUCCAGGUCUGAGGAGAGCUGCCCUAUGAAAGGAAGUAAAAAGAAGUCAGUCAAAGGUGAGGCUCCAGAAUACAUCCCAAUAGGAGAUGGCCCCAAGACUCCUGCGAAGAAGAAGCUGAAGUCCAAGAAAAAGGCAGAGCCGACAGACACUGAGAAGCCAGCUCUGAAGAGGAAGAAGAAGAAGAAGAGGCAAGAGAGUAGAGGAGCAGAAGAAUCUUGGGAGGAGGAGCCCGACACGGACUUGGAGGUGGUAUUGGAGAAGAAGGGCAACAUGGACGAGGCGCACAUAGACCAGGUGAGGCGAAAAGCCUUGCAAGAAGAGAUCGAUCGUGAGUCGGGCAAAACGGAAGCUCCUGACACCAAGAAGUGUCAACAAGGAACUCAGUUUGGCCAGUGGGAUACCGCUGGUUUUGAAAACGAGGAACAGAAACUGAAAUUUCUCAAACUCAUGGGCGGCUUUAAAAACCUGUCGGCUUCACUGGGCCGCGCCCCUGCCGCGGCUGGAAGGCCCAGCAUGGCCCUGAGCAAGCAGGCGGCCGAUGCCCUGCAGCAGAACCUGCAGCGGGACUAUGACCGGGCCCUGAGCUGGAAGCAUAGCCGGGGGGCCGGCCUCGGCUUCUCCCCCGCUCCGGACAAGAUCUUCUAUAUUGACAGGAAUGCAUCCAAGUCAGUCAAGUUUGGAGAUUAAACUCCACUCUCUGAUCCCCCCAGACAGCCAGCACUGCUUGUCUGGAAUCGAACUCCUGCAAAGGUGAAGGACAAACGGGGUUGAUCUGAUCGGACAAACUGGGGUGAGGGCAGCUCGUGUUUUGGGAGCCCGGAGACUGUGAGUGGCUGAAACCUGCGGUUUUUUGUAUUAAGCUUCCAUCCCUGUCUGAAGAUGGCUUGUGAGUAAGGACAGCUGACGUCUGUCGCGUGCUUGGUACGCACCAGGCACGUUCUAGGGCGUCUCCCUUGCCUUAGUGUAUUUAAGCGUCACACUGAUGAAAUUAGUGCUGUUGUCCCCAUCUGGUAGAUGAGGACACUGAGGUCCAGGGAUGAAGUAAUAAAACUGCCUGGGCUCGUCACCCAGCCAGCAAGUGCCCAGUGGUACUUUGGUGCCCAAGCCCUGUGUCAUUGCUCACUCUCAGUGUUCCCACGAGGGAAUUUCACCCCCGAAUACCCAGGCUGAUGGAUUAAAACGUCUUUUGAUUAAAGAAA